CGUUCACCGGUUUUUGUGGUGUAGAAAACGACGGCAACGGCAGGCCCUGAUAAUGUGGCUUAAAAUAGCAGGUGCGUGUGGGGUAUUGGCAGGGGCGGCGGCAUCACAGGCUACAUUAGGCCAAAUGGCUCUUUUAAUGUUGACCUAUUACGCGGCUACAGGGGGCUGGAGGUUUCUGUGGAUCGUCUGGGUCACCGGAUGGCGCGAUCUGAGAGGAUUGGUUCGACUCAUUCGCACAGCGUUGUACUUCCGACGGGCUCUGAGGCACAAUCUAACCGUCGUCCAAAUCUUCGAGGAUACGGCAAAGAGAAAUCCCGAUAAAAUUGCAUUCCGGACAGAAGACAAGCAAUGGACCUUCCGAGAGGUCAAAGAGUCGGUUAAUCGAGUGGCUAAUUGCUUCCUACAACUCGGCUUCAAACCCGGAGAUGAAGUCUGUAUAUUUAUGGAUUCUCGACCCGAGUUCGUGAUGAUGUGGCUCGGUUUGUCGAAGAUUGGAGUGGUAUCUGCGCUCGUGAACAACAAUCUCCGCCUGCAACCCUUGAUUCAUUCUCUGCUGAGCGUUCCAGCGAAAGCCGUGAUAUUCGGCACUCCUCAGGUUCAAGGCAUCAAUGACAUCACUUCGGAGCUCUUGAAGGAGAAACCGGAAUUGAAAUUCUUCUGUUUCGGGAUUGCCGAUGUCGCUCCCGAGUUACACUCUAUGAACCUCGAAAAACUGCUUGAAACCAGCUCCGCCGCCGAACCGAGAACGACUCACAAAGGAUCGGUACAUGACAAAUUGGUUUACAUCUACACCUCUGGGACUACUGGACUUCCGAAAGCGGCCAUCAUUAAAAAUUCGCGCUUCAUUUCAAUGACUUCCAUAACUAACAGCAUCAUGCCCGCCAAAUCGUCUGAUGUGUUUUACACCUGUCUGCCCCUCUAUCACACGGCGGGUGGUAUCGUAUCGGUCGGUCAGGCGAUCCUAUAUGGAAACACCGUGUGUAUACGACCAAAAUUUUCCGCUUCAAAGUUCUGGGACGAUUGCAUCAAAUUUGAUGCCACAGUGACCCAGUACAUCGGUGAAAUCUGUCGAUAUCUUCUCGCACAACCGGAGAGACCCCAAGACAAACAGCACAAAGUUCGCAUGAUGUUCGGCAAUGGACUCCGACCCCAGAUCUGGACGGAAUUCUCGGAGAGAUUCAAUGUGAAAAACCUCCGAGAAUUCUACGGCUCGACGGAAGGCAAUGCUCACGUCAUGAACAUUGACAACACGGUCGGUGCCGUCGGUUUCGUAUCGCGCAUUGCUGAGAAUGUACACCCCGUACGCUUGAUUCGGAUAGACGAGGCCACUGGUUUACCGCUCCGGAAUAAAAAAGGACUGUGUGUUCCGUGUCGACCCGGACAAGUCGGGGAGCUCGUCGGGGUGAUCCGCGUAAAUGAUCAUAUUCAUUCGUUCGACGGCUAUGCUUCGGAGAAAGCCACUUCAAAGAAGAUGUAUAGGGACGUUUUCAAGAAAAACGAUGCUGCCUUCGCUUCCGGGGACUUGCUCGUCAUGGACGAGUAUGGGUAUCUGUUUUUCAAAGACAGGACAGGUGAUACUUUCCGGUGGAAAGGCGAGAAUGUCUCCACAUCGGAAGUCGAAGGGAUCGUUUCCAGGAUCUUGAAGAUGGCCGAUGUUGUCUGCUAUGGAGUUCAGAUCCCUGGGUCUGAAGGUAGAGCCGGGAUGGUCGCGGUGGAUGACGCCGAUGAUUCGAUCGACCUGAGCAAAUUCUCGGAAGAGGCCAAACUGUGCCUGCCAGCAUAUGCGAUCCCAUUAUUCGUUCGUAAACUCAGUCAAAUAGAUAGAACAGGAACAUACAAGCUCAAGAAAGUCGAACUGCAAAAAGAAGGCUUCGACAUCAAUGUGGUCAAAGAUCCUAUCUACUUCCUGCAUAAUGGGACUUACGUCAGGCUCGACCGAGAGCUGUAUACUUCGAUACAGUAUGCGAAGAUCCGUCUCUGAAUCUCGAUCCACGAUCGCACGGGGCUUAGGGAGAUGGUCUCCUUUCCAGACUCAAUCAGUGUAUUUAUUAAGCAUACGAUCUGAUGGCUCAAGGCCCCUAUCACAAAUGGUUAAGUGCCUUACCUGACUUUUUGUGAGUUCGUAAUGGCCGCCUAUUGAUUUUGGGUUU